UUCAAAAUCUAGUCAGCCAUCUUGAAAUUAGUAUAGUGCCAGUCGGGGGGGCGGUGACAUAUUUUACCCGUCAUCGUCCUAAAUAAUUUUGUGAAUUUGAUAAAACGCGAAAAUAAGUGUUUAGAAGUGUAUAAAAUCAGUUUAUGUCUGGACUGAACGUGAGGAUGGCGGGCCAAACAAUAAACGAUAGGCUUCUUGCCGCUCGCCACAGUAUCGCGGGGCAGGGUUUAGCGAAAUCUGUAUGUAAAGCCACAACCGAAGAGAUGAUUGCACCGAAAAAGAAACAUUUAGAUUAUUUGGUCCACUGCACAAACGAACCAAACGUGUCAAUACCGCAGCUGGCCAACCUGCUAGUGGAGCGCACACAGAACACCAACUGGGUGGUGGUUUACAAAGCUUUGCUAACGGUUCAUCAUCUACUAGCGUAUGGUAACGAGCGGUUCACACAAUAUUUAGCGUCGAGUAAUUCAACGUUUCAACUAAGUAAUUUCCUAGAUAAAAGUGGAGUGCAAGGAUAUGAUAUGUCUCCGUUUAUCCGGCGAUAUGCCAAGUACUUGAACGAGAAAGCGCUUUCCUACAGAACCGUUGCUUUCGACUUUUGCAAGGUUAAAAGAGGGAAGGAGGAGGGCUCGCUGCGUAUGAUGAACGCUGAGAAGCUUCUGAAGACGCUGCCUGUACUGCAGGCGCAGUUGGACGCUCUUCUGGAGUUCGACUGCACGGCCAACGACCUCACUAACGGCGUCAUCAACAUGUGCUUCAUGCUGCUGUUCCGGGAUCUCAUCAGAUUGUUCGCGUGCUACAACGACGGUAUCAUCAACCUGUUAGAAAAGUACUUCGAUAUGAACAAAAAGAACUGUCGUGACGCUCUCGACCUCUAUAAGAAAUUCCUCAUCAGAAUGGAUAGGGUCGGAGAGUUUUUGAAGGUAGCAGAAAAUAUUGGUAUAGACAAGGGCGAUAUACCAGAUCUUACGAAAGCUCCGAGCAGUUUACUCGAUGCCCUGGAAGGUCAUCUCGCCUCACUGGAAGGAAAGAAGGGCUCUGCAGCCAACACGCCGACACAAACCGCCAGCGCGCAGAAGAACGUGGCGAGCGUGAUGGGCGCGCUGUCGUCCACGUCGUCGUCGUUCGGGCACGCGGCCGCCAGCGCGCGCCUGGAGCUGGCCGCGCCGCUGCUGGCCGACGACGCGCUGCGGCGCCAGGCGCUGGCCGACGAGGAGGCGGCCAUGGCGCAGUACAAGAACAAAGUGCAGUCACCGACCAACUCAGCAGCCAACAACCCAUUCCUAGCCGCCCCGGCGCCUCAGAAUCAAAACCAAAACCAGAACCAGAACCAGUCUAUCGUGGACCUGUUUGGCCCCGCCCCCGAGACCACGCCCACUGCGGCCGGCAAGGCCUCUGAAGAUCUCCUGUCCCUCGGAAACCCCUUCGCGGAUAUGUUUGGAGCGCCCGCGCCCGCGCCGGCCGGCCGCGAGCCGCCCGCGUGGCCGAGCAACGGCUUCGCGGCCUUCCCGGGCAACGAGCGCGGCGCCGCGCCCGGCGCCUUCGUGUCCGAGGCCAGCUUCUCCGACGUGUUCAGUGGCGCCGACGCCGCAGGGCAACAGCAACCACAGCAGCCACCCGGCAAAGUUCUCACCGGUGACCUUGACUCCUCACUCGCCCAGCUUGCGAACAACCUGACUAUCAACAAAACGGCAACCGCUCAGAAACCGAUGCAGUGGAGUUCCCCUAAGAACGCGUCGAAACCGGGAGCCGCUUGGAGCCCUCAACCAAUACAAGCCACUACCGGAGCCGGAUACCGACCCAUGGGUCCCGGCAUGACUCUGCCACCAAUGCCCCAUACAUUACCCCAUACGUACCACCCCCCACAUUUUGUUCUGCAACAACCGCCCAUGGUAAUGGGAAUGAACUCGACCCCCAUGAUGCCGAUGGGUGCCAUUCCACCCAUGAGACCCUCCAUACCCCCGCAACCCGCCAACCACUUUAGUUAAACACUAACCAGCAGUAUAUUGGAAUUUGAGUUCUACUGCCAUCGAGAUUGUGUUGAUGAUUAAAGAAAUGCUUUUUAUUUGAUUUAAUAUCAAUAUUGGCACAAAUGUAUGUUUGUAUUGCCAUUUAAAAAUUUGGCUUUCUACGCUCAAACAUAUAAUAUUUUUUUUAACAAUCGAUCCGAUCUCGACCGGCUGUUCAUAUAAGUUUUUUUUUUUAAGAAAACUAGUAACGCUCAGUUGAAAUACGUUUACUUAAUAUAGUCACGGAUAAUAAAUGUCACAGAUACAUAUUUGUGACGUAGCUUCAAUGUACAUACAAGCUUAGUUCCGGUUUACUCGAACGGUUUUCGUAUAGUCGACUUGUGAACCAGGUAGGUAACAUAUGUUUUAUUAUUGUCACCUAGAUUAUGUUCGUUUUUCAUAAUUUUGAGGUGUUCAUAUCAUAACUGGAAAUUUUAAAAUUACUGUGUCAUUCAAAAGAAACAAUAGUAAUGUAAAAAAUUGAAAUUAUGAAAUCAAUAAAGUUUCGCUUUAAUUUUAAGUUA